AUGGGUCUAAUCUGGAAGGCAUUGGGUCCGUUGCUGCCAGAAAGAACUCGAAAUAAAGUGCAACUUUGGACGGCAACAGUGAUUGGAAGAAUCAAAUUCAAAAGUGAGAAAUAUAGCACCGAUUUCAACCUACUGCGAUGGGCUCAGGGCUACGGUUUCGACAUGGAAGAAGCGUCAGCUCAACUUCGACGUCAUCUGAAAUUUAGAAAGUUCUAUGACCUCGACAAUUAUGACAAGAUUCCCGAGCACGCAAUUCUCAAACAAUAUUUCCCUAUUGGAUUAGUCGGAAGAACGGGUCAGGACAACACUUUAUUGGUGAUAGAAUGCGCUGGACGAAUCGAUUUGGUCGGAAUACUGAAAGCAGUCCAGUUGUCCGAUUUUCUUAUACAACGAUUUCGAUUGCAAGAGAAAAUGCUGUCCGCGCUAAAUGAACUCGAAGCGGAAACUGGAAAACAGGCUUCCGUCAUCUAUAUUCUCGAUUUGGACGGACUCAAGUUUGAAACCUCUCUCUUGAGUAUUGUGACAGGUCCAUAUCGUAUCCUAUGGGCGUCUGUCUACACCAACUAUCCAGAAUGGAUUAAAACGUGUUAUAUCGUGAACGCCCCACCAUUUAUGGGCCUAAUCUGGAAGGCAUUGGGUCCGCUGCUGCCAGAAAGAACUCGAAAUAAAGUGCAACUUUGGACAGCAAACAGUGAUUGGAAGAAAUCAAAUUCAAAAGAGAACAUUCCGGCUUAUUGGGGAGGAAAGAUGUACGACGCGAAUGGCGAUGGAAUGUGCCGUGAUCGCCUGAGCAUCCCAUUUGACCCGAUUCCUCAUGAACUGUAUUGGGAACCCGACGAGCGAGCUCCUGGUCUCAGCGAACUCACUUGUGCGAUUCUGCGACCGAACAUUUCGGUAUGGGCAUCUGGUACAGUGAUGACGUCGCUGCCGUCGAUUUUGCCUUGGAUGAGAUGGUGGUGCGACCUUUUGGAAGCACCUAAUUUCAAUGCUACCUGUUCAGAUUGGUUCCCCGACUUCGACUACCCUGGAAUGCCAACUGUUGAUUAUCUACGAAUCAAAACUCUCGGCGCUGGCGUGUACAAGGUGAAAUAUGGCAACGAGCAGGCGUGGGUGCGAUCAUUGACGGUCUACUACAGAAUCAGAUUUGAAACUGAGAAAGGCGAACUGGCUGAUUUCAAGGAACUUUAG